UUAUCCUGCACGAAUCAGCAAGCUCGUACUAUAUUGAAAUUUCGUUAUUAUUUAUUAAUAGUUGACAAGUGCGUGUAAGCAUUCCAUGGUAACUUUAAUAAUAUCACCGUGUGUUGUGAUGGACAAAAAGCUGCAAAUUAAAAGAGGAUUAACGUUAUGAGAUUAUACAAAUUUGAAAUUUUCAUUUAAUGUACAGUUCUUGAUAUCUCUCGUGUUCAUAUUGCUAGAACAGUGUCGAUUUUAAAAGUGGCCAAAAGCAGCUACAACCGAUUAUCUACGCAAGUUUUAAUGGCGGCGACAACGGGGACAAUUCUUGAAACAAUUGUUUUGGUCAUUGUAUUCAUAGCAGCACUUUGUGCCAAUCUUAGCCUGUUCUACAUCGUUGGUACGACUAGAAACCUUCAAACAAAAGCAAAUGUAUUUAUCUUAAACCUGGCUCUCGCAGAUCUACUUGUCGCCGUCAUUAAUCUCCCUGUGACUAUAAUCACUGUUAUUGCCCAAGAUUGGGUGCUUGGUAAGACGCUUUGUCAAAUAUCUGGAUUUUUAACAUUGCUCACGUUCGUAGCAUCGUGUAUGGCUUUGUCCAUGAUCAGCAUAAAUCGCUACCAUGCUAUAGUUAAUUGGACAUCUUAUGAGAGCAAGUACACUCGCCGUAAAUGUGCUUUUUAUGUUUGUAUUACCUGGUUUAUAACAAUCGUAUUAUCUAUACCUCCGUUUUUUGGUUGGGCGAAAUUCGACUAUGAUCCAGGACAGAGUUAUUGUUUUGCUGAAUGGACAGCAAGUAAAUCGUACACGAUCUUUAUGAUUGCAGCUUGUCUAUGUGGUCCGUUGUCUAUAAUGACUUACUGUUAUGUGAGAAUACUUCGUUAUCACGAAGAUAGUGGCAGAGAUGUCCGCCAAAUCUCGCUACGUUCUAACAGCCUUUCGGUACAAUCUUUUGCUAUGGUUAACCAAACACAGGGAUCAAGAAAAAAUCGUUUGACAAGAACAGUAAUAGUGUUAAUUGUCGUCUUUGGCAUUUGCUGGUCCCCUUUUGCGAUCAUAAUGUUGAUCCAAGUAUUCUCCAAUGCGCAUGUUCCACGCGCUGUGGAUUUUGGAUCCCUGGUUUUGGGAUACUUAAACAGUUUUUUCAACGUGGUUGUGUAUAACGCAACAAAUAGAAAACUUCGAAGGCAAUUUUUGAAAUUUUUUACAGCAGUUAACUUAGAAAAGACAUUCGACUAA